AUGGCUUUAUUUACUAGUACUCCCAAGUCUAAGCUUGGAGAAAAGGUUUCGUUGCUGAAUCUUGACGACAGCGAUGAUGAUGUUUCAUCUGGAUAUGAUUCCCCUGUUUAUGUCUCCGACGAAAACCAAGAAAAGAAGAAAGCAGUUACAGCUAAAAGGGUUGAUGAUGAUGUAUCAGACGAUUCAGAUUUCUCAUCUGAUGAAGCAGACGAUGAUUCGUCAGACGACGAAAGUGACGAUUUAGAUGAUAUAGAUGACAUACAGUCAACCAAUGAUUCGAUGAAAGUUACCAAGAUACAGGCUGUGGUUGAUAAUAUUCGCUAUAUUCUGGCAAUGCCAGACUUAUGUGACGUCAUGUUUCUUGUUGGACCACAGAGAAUUCCCGUAUAUGGAUUAAAGUCGAUUCUUGGAAUAAGAAGCAGAGUGUUUUGUGACAUGUUUGUAAAGCAGUCGCGAGAAUGCAUGAAUAACAAGAAAAAGUUGAAGAAAUCAAAAGAUGAGAAGAAAACCGAAAGUAGCCACAAGACUACCAUUAUAAUUGAUAGUUACGGAAUCGAAGUGUUUCGUUUAUUUUUACUGUAUUUGCACUGUGGAUCAGUUGUCAUGGAUGCUUCUACUGUUGUUGGACUUCUUUGUUGUGCUGUUGAAUUUGACAAUGCUGAUUUGAAUAUAGCAUGCUGGGAAUUUGUAGGUGCAUGUUUGUCAUCUGCAAGUACCGAAAUCGUUUUAAAAGAAACAUUCCGUUAUGAUGAUCAUAGUGCCGCACACGAACUCAGACAUAUUGUCAUAGGUCUACAGAAAAAGACCAAACUCCAAAACAGACAAAGUUCCCAAUUGCGUCAGUCUCCAAUUGGAAAAGAAACUGAAGUUUAG